AUGCAGAGGGUGGAAGACUUUGGCCAUAGGUCCCUUCAGAGGAAUCUGGAGAGACUCUCUAAAUGCUCUGACUGCGGGAAAUCCUUUGCUCACCGGUCCCUCCUUUUGAUCCACCGGAAGCUGCACACGGGGAGUGGAUCCCACCUGUGUUUUCUUUGUGGGAGUUCCUUUCCUGGAGUGUGGAGCUUUGCCAAACAUCUCCGGAGCCACCCUGGAGUGAAGCCUUACAAAUGCGGAGAGUGCAGGGAACGUUUUGCUAAAGGCUCGGACCUUGGAGCUCAUCAGAAAAUCCACCAGGGAAGAAAGAGAUCUCAGGAAUCCUGGAGGCGCUGGGGAAGAUUUCCUGGGAGACGGUGUCUUUCUAGGCCUCCCAACAGCCCGACUGAAGAGAAGCCCUGCAAGUGUGAGCAAUGUGGGCUCUGCUUUUCUCAAAGCUCACAGCUGCUUAAACAUCAGCAAAUCCACACCAGAGAGAAACCUUAUCAAUGUCUGGAGUGUGGGAAAUCUUUCCGUAAUAAACAAUUGUUUAGAAAACAUGAGAAAAUUCACACAGGAAAGAAUCCUUAUAAAUGCUUAGAGUGUGGAAAACGUUUCACUCGAAGCUCAUCUCUUUGCCAACAUAAGAAAAUGCACACAGAGGAAAGCAAAACAUGCCCAGAAUGUGGGAAAUCUUUUUCCACAAAAUCAUGCUUGCUGCGACAUCAAAAAGUUCAUACUGGAGAAAGACCCCAUCAGUGCCCAGAAUGUGGGAAGUGUUUUGGUGAAAAGUCAACCCUAAUUCGACAUCAUAGACGUCACACUGGGGAGAGACCUUAUCCAUGCCCAGAAUGUGAGAGAAGAUUUGUGGAUUGUUCUGAACUUCGGAAACACCAAAGAUGGCACAGGGGAGAAAAACGUAAGUCUCACAGUGGGGAGAGACCCUAUCAGUGCCCAGAAUGUGGGAAAAGAUUUGUCAAUUCUUCUAAACUCCGGAGACACCAAAGGACACACACGACAGAAAAGCUGUAUAAAUGUAAGGAUUGUGAUAAAUGUUUUUCUUAUAAGGAAGCUCUUUUUCGACAUCAGAGUAUCCAUACCGGGGUGAAGCCCUAUAUGUGCAUCGA